AUGACUGGUUGGAAGUUUGGUAAUGACUCACCCUUCUUUUUUCAUACGACUAAGAAGUUCUUUUUGUUUGAGUCCAGAUUUAUGGAUACAGUGAAGCACUUGCUAUUACUGAACAUAUCACUUGAAGACUAUCUGACUCAAGGUUUAGGAAGUAUAUGUUCUAGACUAGUAGCUUUUCUCCUGGGAGCACCAGCUGAUGUCAUCAAAAGCCGAGCGAUGAAUCAGCCAACAGAUAAAAAGGAAGGUCGGGGGCUGCUGUAUGAAUUCUCAAUUGACUGCUUGAUUCAGACUGUACAAGGGGAAGGAUUUCUGAGUCUUUGGCUGCGAAUAAUUCCUUGGUCAUUAGUAUUCUGGAUUCUUACUUAUGAAAAAAUCAGAUAUAUGAGUGGAGUCAAUCCAUUUUAA